ACGCAGGUGCGAGAUGUGCUUGGCGAUGGACGCCUCAUAAAAUGCCGAAUUCGUGAUGGAAGAGGUGAAUUUCCUAUGGAUUGCCCUCUGCAAGACAGUCUACUGCGUGUACACUACAAAGGCUUGCUUCUUAAUGAAGAAAAGACGGUGUUCUUCGAUACAAAAUUCAAUAACAAUGGUCAGCCUUUGGAGUUCAGCUCUGGAGAAGGGCUUGUACCUCAAGGGUUUGAAAUGUGUGUUCGUUUGAUGUUGCCUGGAGAGAUAGCUCUCGUAACAUGGCCGCCUGAUUAUGCUUAUGACAAAUUUGAAAGGCCAGCUAAUGUUCCUGAAGGUGCUUACGUGCAGUGGGAAAUUGAGCUUCUUGACUUUAACACACCGAAGGACUGGACUGGUUUCAGUUUCAGAGAAAUUAUGGAAGAUGUAGAGAAGAUCAAAGGCACGGUAUGUAUCAAGUGUAUGUUUGCAGAAACUUUGAUUAAUACAGAUAUUCUGCUGCUUUUUAAAUGA